AUGGGUUCUCAGAUUUGUCAAAACGUGUAGCCCUCUCACGAAGAAUAACUUACACAGGAGAAGAGAUUCAAGUUUAAUAUCCAUCACCCUCCUCAAAUACAAAAACCAUAACCUAUACUAAAGUUACUGUUCCCUGAAGAAAAUGCUUAGAUUGAGAAGGAACGAUUGAAUUCUCUGCCCAAACAAAAUUCCUCAGACAAUACUCUCACUAAAUAGGAAUUAAAUGGAAACAAACACGAGCCUUCGGACUUUAAUUUAGCAAAUGCUUUAAAUGAUCAAUUGGAUCUCCAAAAUAAUUCAAGAGAUGAUUCAAAUAGUGGAAUACAAGAUGUCAAACACAAAUCUAUUUUAAAAAAUAAAGCAAUGGCUGGAUCGAAUUCUUUCAGUUCCAAGGAUGUUCAGAAAGACAAUGAGUCUAUUGGAUCUCAAAGAUCAAUUAAAAAGGUCACCUUCGAUAAAAAAUAAAAGGUUAUCUACAGUAGUUUUAGAAAACCUAAAGCCUGA